CCUUUUGGAUUCCCAGGAACUUCUUCAUCUUCUUCUUCGCGCUCGUCUCCUUCCAAUUCCAGUCUCGUUUCGAAUAAUGGCUAAUCGCGAAAAAAAUUCCUCACCGGAGAUUCAUUGCGUCUAUGUAGAAACCAACCUCGACACUCGUCUCGCGUUACCCGUACACAAAGAUGAAAUCAUCUCCGAUUUCAAAGACAAAGUACUCAAGGAGCAUAAAAAAGUUUUCCCAGAAAUUGGAGAAAUUCAUAUCUCUGCGUUGAAGGUUAAACGACGAAGGAAAUUUUAUCAUUUCUCGGAAUCUUUGAAUGUGUGUAAGGCUUUUGAUGGGAUUAGUAGAAACUGGUUUAUGUAUGUUGAUGCCGUUAGAGUUGACAAGGGUGAGAUGUUGACUAUAACGGCUGCUGAUCAAAAUCGUUCGAAUCUUGAGUUGGUUGAGAGGAAGAAGGAGAUUGGUAUUGGUUCAGUAAAUGUAGAUGGUAUGCAUACUAAGGGUUUGACUAUUGAAGAAGGUUUGGGAACUGAAGUGGUUGAGAAGAAGACGAGGAAGAGGAGGAUUUUAAGUUCGGAUGGGAAAACAAGUCGAAAGAAAUUCAAGGUUGAUCUCAAUCAAUCUGCUGUUGCUGCUACUCCCGAGUUAUGUGGAAAACUGCAGGAUGAUAUUAUUACGGGAGCAGAUAUUGAAAGCGGUGUUAAUACGGGGGAGAAUCAGCAAACUUCUGAUGCGGACAGGCUAUUGGAACAGAAAAUUCUCACAGUUAAUUCAGAGCUUGAAGAUGGGCAUACCAGGGGUGAGGUGAAGGAUGUACCAGAUAAACCAACUGUUAAAGAAGCUCUAGAAAAGCUAGAUGAUCUUACUGGAGCAAUAGAACAAGAUCUUGAAAAGGGAGGAAAAACUGCCGAUACAGUCAUGAUUGACCAAGAGAAGGAUCUUACACCUUCUUCAGAACUUGUAGAUGGGCAGAUUACAUCACAAAAUGAUGAAAGAGGUGAGGGACGCAAAUUGGCUCCAAGUGUUGUCGAUAAUCUUCAAACUGAUGAAUUGGUGACCAACGCGGAUAACCAGUUGGAAGCUAGCAGUGGUUUGACAACUGGUCCAGCUACAGAGAAGAAGAGAAAGAGAACGAAGAGCUCAAAAGAUCACAUCAAACAAUCUUUUCCAAUCCCAGAAAGAGAAACUCUUGGAUAUUCUCUUGUAGAAGCAACACAGAAAGAAACUGAGUUGGGUGUGAAAUCUGUCGAAGAUGUGGUAAAAGAUAAUAUGGAAACUGAUACUCUAGUGAGCCACCCGGAAAAUCAUCUGGAGGCCAACACUGAGUUGACAACCAGUCCAGUUACUGAGAAGAAGAAAAAGCGAAAGAAGAUCUCAAAAGAUCUCAUCAAUCAAUCUGCUGCUGCCGCUACUGCUACUGCUACCACAGCUUCAAGAGAAAUUGUGAACGAGAUAAACGGAGUACCUGGAAAUGUUGAUCGUGUUGUUGCUACUUCUGAAUCUUGUCUAAUUUCACAAAGAGGAAAUCUUGGCAAAGAAAAUGAGAUUGGUGAGAAGAUUAACGAAGAUGUGGGAAGCGGAAAAGCUAUACCAAGUUCUGCAGAUAAUAUCCAGACCGAUAAUUUGGUGAGCUACCCAGAAAAUCAGUUGGAGGUUAGCAGUGGUUUGACAACCAGUCCAGUUACUGAGAAGAGGAAGAGGCAAAAGAAGUCCUCAAAGAAUGACAUCAAUAAAUCUACUGCUGCUACUACAACAGCAAAGAUAAUUAUGAAUGAGAGGGAGAAGGUAUAUGGAAGUAUAGAUUGUGUUGAUGCUACUUCUGAACCUAUUCCUAACUCGAAAGGAGAAAAACUUGCCGAUACUCUUGUAGACGCAAUACAAAAUGAAAAUGAGAUGGGUGACAUAUUUGAUGACAAAGUGGGAAGUGGAGAGGCCACACUUAUGGGUGCAGAUAAAAUACAAGCUGCGAGUAAUCUACAAGCUGCUGGUAUGGUGAGCACCCCACAUGCCUUUGUCCAGGAAUCCAAAACGCUGGAUCACAUUGGUAAAUUUACGGAUGAAAACGCGUCCCGUGAACAUGAAGUUUCUAAGGAAAAAGUUGAAAUAGAUGCAGAUCAGGCUAAAUCUGUGAAGUCUACUAAGAAGAAAAGUUCAAGAAAAGCCAAGACCCCAGCUAAAGAAGAUACUCCGGUGGAUUCUGGUGCACAGAAUGUUGAACCUAUCAAAGUUGUAGAUGGAGAAGGGCAUGAUAGUGUUAUCAGAAAUGUUUUAGAUUCUUUGCAGCAAAGGAACGAAGCUGAGGAGAAUAUAGAGAAAAGUGGGAAGAAAUCAAGCAAGAGAUCGAAGAAGAAAGACUCUUUGAACAUUGUGGAGGAGGCCCAAGUAUUAGAUUCUUUGCAGCAAAAGAAAGAAGCUGAGGAAAAUCUGGAAAAAAGUGAGAAGAAGUCAAGCAAGAGAUCAAAGAAGAAAGACUCUUUGAACAUUGUGGAGGAGGCCCAAGUAUUGUCAGUUGAGGUAAACAAUGUUGCUCAGGAGGAGGCUUCUCCCAUCAACAACCCAAAAGACGCUGAUGCAUUAUUCACUCCAGCUAAGAAAAAUACUGAGAGCAAUGCUUCACCUUUGAAAAAGAUUACUGAGGUCCCCGAUAAUACUGAGGAUAUUAACCGUUCCAUGCAAGUUCUGAAAGAGAACACUGAUAUUGGGGACAAUUUUGGUUCUAGCCAAAAGGACGAUAUUGUUGGUGGUGCUAACAAGCAAGAUCAAGUUACUGGUGGAGCUAAAUCUAAAAAGGAGAAGAAAAGCCUUGAUUUGCAUCUUGGUGGUUCCAUUGAUCUUUCAAUGAAACUGAAAGAGACUAAAGGUAGAUUCCAACCAUCUAGUUCAGGUACUAGUCAAUUGCAGUCAAGGGAUAAGAUUGAUCGCAGUCGAUCAAAGGUUGAUCAUUCUGAUGCACCCAUGAAAGGCGUAGUCAACAACAAGAAGGAAGCUGUGAAGAAAAGCUUUAACUCGGUUACAGUGAACAAGAGUAAGAUGAAUGUCAACAACAAGAAGGAAGCUGUGAAGAAAAGCUCUAACUCAGUCACAGCGAACAAGAGUAAGACGAAUUUCUUCAAGGAUGCUGAGGAGGAUGAAUCUAAGACGACUUUGAAUGACUCCACUAAAACACCAUCAGAUAGUUCAUCAGACGAUGAUAGUGAUAGUGCUGUGACUUCUUCUAUGCCUAGGAAGCAAGGAAACAAUCCGGCUGGAGGAACAAAUAGGUUAUUGGGGACCCUGCAAGAUAUCCUAAGAAGCUCAAAAAGUUACAAGGCGGCGAAACUGACAGCUUCUCAAUCACAACCCGAUGAUGAAGAUGUUGUCCCAGAUAGCCAAGCCAUCUAAGUUUUAUCGAUUAUCCUUUUGGAUUCAAUUUUGACCCAAACCUGAAAAAGAUGCUUAAAUCUUUAAAUCACGGUUUUGCUUGUUCUAACUAAAUAUUGGUAUGGUGCAUCUUCUCUGACA